GGGCGCCUCCCCGGGUACCCAGGCCAGCCGUUUCUUCUUCUUGACGCUGAGCAUCUCCGCGCAAGAUUACAGGAGUGACCCUCUUAACUCGAGGCGAAGCCCCAGUGACCCGUGCCCUUGAGGGUCCCGUCUGUGCUAAGGUGGCCAGCUAUGGCUUUUAUGAACCACUGUGCGCAUCUUGUUGCAGGGGCACAUCGAGUCCGACCUUCAAGUACUUUGUGCCAAAUCACUACCACCUGCCACAUGAGUCUAAGUCAUGACCGACGCCAAGUAUGUCCUCUGCAGAUGGGAAAAGCGAUUAUGGCCUGCAAAGGUUUUGGCCAGAACGCAGGUGGCAACAAAAACUAAGAGGAAAAAGGAAUUUUUUCUAAGUGUUCAAAUACUCUCCCUAGAUGAAAAGAUUAAGGUGAGGAGCACGGAGGUGGAGGCCUUGAAGACGGCUCACAUCGAACGAAUCGCUUCCACGUUGGCCUCCCAGAAUGAGGUUCCUGCUGAACCCCUAGAGGAGCUGGCCUACAGACGCUCGCUUCGAGUGGCCCUGGAUGUUUUGAACGAGAGCACGGGUCUGCCUCAAGAAAGCCCUUCUAGAGAAGAAAGAACCGCUCUGUGUUCACGAGAGAAGCCCAUGGAACUGGCCUCCUUGCUCUGUGACCCUGCCUCUUCCUGCGUCCAGGAGGCUGUGCCGGGCACAUCUGGACCCGAGAGGAGGGAACGUGUCCACCCGAGGCCGUCAGGUUCCCCCACUCGUCAAAAGGACCCCAGGUGCAAGGUGGACCACGAGAAGGAGCUCAGGAGAAACGCAAGCCCGCAAGCCUCGGUAGUCCCACCAGCCAGAGGUGGUUCUCAGGAUGGUCGUGGGUCGAGAACGUGCUGUGCAAGUCGGACAACCCCUCGUAAAAGGGGAAGAAGUGUAGCUCGGGAGCCCGCCGUGGGUCAGAGCGCACCUUCCGUCUCGGAGGGAGACGAUGAAGAAAGCCGCCUGCCAGCCCCCGGCUCACCUCCCACAGUGAAGGAGGAGGGUCUCCGGGCCAAAGGACGAGACCCCAGCUUACCUUUGCCUGGCCCCACCGGGCCCCCAGCCCCAGGGCCCCCAGCCUGCCCGGAUGCCCGAGGCCUCCCUGCCAAGCGGCCUCGCCCUGAUAGUGGCCAGAGGCCACCCGCGGCGCGGCUGGAGCCAGGGGCAGUGGCGUCCCCCAGGCAGGGGCCCGGGAAAUGCAGGGCUCUGCCCGGCGCUGCCAGACUCCACCUGCCUGCCCCCCGGGCGUCCACGGAGGAGACGGGAGAUCUUCGAGUCCUCGUGGAGGAAGCUAAAGCCCGUCUGACUUCGGGAGAGUCCGUGGAGCGUGCGCCCGUCCGUUCCGUUCUGGAGGAGGAGGAGGACGAAGAGGAGCCCCCCCGCAUCCUGUUGUACCACGAACCACGCUCCUUUGAAGUAGGAAUGCUGGUCUGGCUGAAACACCAGAAGUACCCCUUCUGGCCAGCAGUGGUCAAGAGCGUCCGGCGAAGGGAGAAGAAAGCCAGCGUGCUCUUCAUCGAGGGCCACAUGGACCCGAAAGGGAGAGGCAUCACCGUGUCUCUCCGGAGAUUGAAGCACUUUGACUGCAAAGAGAAACAGGAACUUCUGAACGAAGCCAAGGAGGACUUCGACCAGGCCAUCGGCUGGUGCGUCUCCCUGAUCACGGACUACAGGGUCCGGCUCGGCUGUGGCUCUUUUGCUGGCUCCUUCCUGGAAUAUUACGCGGCCGAUAUAAGUUACCCUGUCCGCAAGUCCAUCCAGCAGGACGUGUUGGGGACCAGGUUUCCCCAGCUGAGCAAGGGGGACCCUGAGGAGCCUGUGGCGGGGAGCCCUCAGGGAAGGAGGCGGCCUCGCAGGAAGGUCCUCCCCGACCGCUCGCGGGCUGCCCGGGACCGGGCCAACCAGAAGCUGGUGGAGUACAUCGUGAAGGCCAGGGGCGCCGAGGGCCACCUGCGGGCCAUCCUGAGGAACAGGAAGCCGUCCCGGUGGCUGAAGACCUUCCUGAACUCAGGCCAGUACGUGACCUGCGUGGAGACGUACCUGGAGGACGAGGAACAGCUGGACCUGGUGGUGAAAUACCUCCAGGGCGUCUACCAGGAGACGGGCAGCAGGGCGCUGGCGCGGAUCAACGCCGACAGGAUCCGCUUCGUCCUGGACGUUCUUCUGCCCGAAGCCAUCAUCUGUGCGAUCGCUGCGGUGGACGCCGUGGAUUACGAGACGGCCGAGGCGAAGUACCUCCGAGGACCUUCGCUCAGCUACCGGGAAAAAGAAAUGUUUGAUAACCAGCUCUUGGAAGAAAGGAGUCAGCGGUGCUGACGCUGGAGGGGCUGCUGCGCGGGUCCUGUGGCUGGUGGGUCCGUGCCGUCCUCACGGGGGCUGGAGUGUGCGUGCUUCUCAGCUGUGGCUUCUGUUUUCCUGGCUUUUUUUGGAAGGUACAGUUCCUGAAAGGUUUUUGAAGCAAAUAUUUUUAUUUUCCUUCAUAUUAUUAUUUGUGACUGUGCUGUAUUGUUUAACAUAAGGUGCACAUUUGUUUUUUUAUGUUAAAAAGCAUUGUAUCCAGUAUUAAAGAGUUUUAAAACAGCCCGA